AAUUGCGUGGGUUAUAUUUUCGUCCGAUAAUUCAAUAAAUCCAUUCAUAAACAAGCAAAACAUCGUCCGCGACGCUUAUUUCGGCAUACUUGACAAAUGGCACCGAUCUUGAACCGAAGGUACUAACAUAACCUCAAAAUUGGUAUCGUCUUGAGUUCGGUGUAUUGGUGAUUUUGUGUUGUCAGAGAUGGCGACGCAGCUGUCCCGGCGCGAGGUGGAGGAGCUCCGGUCGUCGCUCGACCGCGCCAUUUACAGGACCAUCGGGAAGUCGGAUAGCUCGCUUCUGUCGACCGUUUCCUACUGCCUCACUAGCGGAUACGAACGCCGAAAGAUCAUAGACAAAAUAUCAUCGCACAUAGACUCAAAAAAAGCGAGUAAACUCGCAGACAAAAUUAUAGCAUUGGCGUCCGAACUGGUAUCCUCUUCAAAAUCCUCAAAACGCAAGCACGAAGAGCGAGAUGACCGGAAAGAGAAGGACAGCAAGCGGUCCCGCCAUGAUGAUAAGAAAGAGAGAGAGGAUGAUAAAGAGAGGGAGAAGGAUAGGAAUGGGAAUGGUGUUGAGGUUUUACCGUUACCGGUGCCGGGGUCGGAGUCUAUUGGCUCGAAGAUUACUGGGUUAAGUGCUGAUCGGAUUAAGGUGAUGAUGGCGAACGCCCAGAAAGAGAUAGAAGAGCGGAAACGCGCUCUCAUGGCCAUGAAAGGGGAGAAGGCGCCUGUUACUGCCGCCGCGGCCACGGCGCAGCAGAUAAAGGCGACUUUACCCUCAAAGACCAUGCCGCCGCCGGCCGUCAUCAAGCCGGUGCUGUAUUCUAAGCCAGACACGUCGGCCGCCCAGAGCGCCGAGGAACUAGAAAAGCAGAGGAAGAUAGCGGAGCUGCAGGCGCGCAUACAGAGGAAACUGGCCGCCCUAGCGGCGGCGGCGGCGGGCAGCUCGGGCCCGGCGCCGCUCAUCCUGGACCGCGAGGGCCGCACCGUCGACACGGCCGGUCGACACGUGCAGCUCACACACGUGGCACCAACACUCAAGGCCAACAUCAGAGCGAAGCGUCGCGAGGAAUUCAAGGCCCAAUUGUCCGGGGCAGCGACCUCUGAGCCUGUCGGCGACGCGUCUUGGAUGGACCCCCGGGUCACAGUCAAGCCCCCAACCCGCACGCGACGCGCGCUUCGCUUCCACGAGCCGGGCAAAUUCAGGCAACAAGCCGAGAGGCUCCGGAUGAAGGCCCAACUGGAGAAGCUACAGAACGAGAUAUCGCAGAUAGCUCGCAAGACGGGCAUCUCGUCGGCCACCAAGCUAGCGUUGCUCGCGGCCGACAACACCGACAGUGAAUCCGUGCCCGACAUAGAAUGGUGGGACAGCGUGAUACUCAUGACGGCGGAAGAGAGAGAGGCGCAAUGUGCGACGAGUGCGGAACAGAGCCAGCACAAGGUGACGGAGUGUAAUACAGGGGAAGAUGACAUCGUGAGGAACCUGAACGUGCAAGCCGUCACCAACCUAGUUGAGCAUCCACAGCGACUUCGGCCGCCAACGGAGCCCCUCAAACCCACGUAUAUGCCCGUGUUUCUGACCAAGAAAGAGAGGAAGAAGUUACGGAGACAGUCCCGCAGGGAGGCCUGGAAAGAGGAGCAGGAACGAGUCAGGCUCGGCCUUGAGGCCCCGCCGGAACCCAAGCUCAGGAUAUCCAACCUGAUGCGGGCUCUGGGUACCGAGGCGGUCCAGGACCCCACGGCUAUAGAGGCUAAGGUCCGUGAGCAGAUCGCCAAGCGGCAGAAGACGCACCUCGACGCGAACAAUGCGCGUGCGCUCACCAAGGACCAGAGGAGGGAGAAGAUUGAUCGGAAAAUAAGAGAGGACACGAGUAUGGGUGUCAACGUUGCCGUGUACAGAGUGCGUGACCUCUUCGAAUGCGCCUCAGCCAAGUUCAAAGUGGAAGUGAAUGCGCAACAACUACACAUGACCGGCUGUGUGGUGCUGCACCGAGGCUGCUGCGUCGUGGUGGUGGAAGGGGGCCCUAAACAACACGCCAAGUACAAGCGGCUGAUGCUGAACCGUAUAAAGUGGGAAGAUGACCUGGUGAAGGACGCGGAGGGUGCUGAGGUGCCUAACUCCUGCACGCUGGUGUGGGAGGGCAGCACCAAGCAACGCUCCUUCGGUGACAUCAAGUUCAAGGUGUUGCCAACCGAGAAGCAAGCGAGGGAAUUAUUCCAAAAACAUGGCGUCGAACACUACUGGGACCUCGCCUACAGCGGCGCCGUGCUCGGUACCACUGAAGAGGAGCCCUAGGGCUCCAAUGGACCCACGAACGAAACGACAUUACGUCUUUA